AUGACGAAGGCGGACACCCGGCCUCACCUCUCCGGGACCUUCACCUCUCUCGGUCACGCGCCUUUCGUGCAGCCAUCCUCGUACCUUCGCCCUCCAAUGACCUCCCACUCCGAGAGACCAAUCGAUCGGGAAGAGCGACAAGGCCUGCGUGCCAUUCGCAACUUCCUGAAGGUCCGCACCAGCUACGAUGUCCUCCCUCUGAGCUUCCGACUCAUCAUCUUUGACACCUCCCUCUCCGUGAAGGAGAGCUUGAAUAUUCUCAUCCAAAAUGGCAAGUCGCUUGCUGCGCUCCCUCCCCCGCAAUCGGUCCCACGAAACAAAGCACCACGAGGAAAUAAGGGACAUUGGCUGACUGGGAAUGCUAUCGGGAAGUACAGGCAUCGUUUCAGCCCCGUUGUGGGACUCCAAGGCCUCCAAAACCCGGCCGCGCUGGACCAGAUUGACCAAUUCCGGCUAGAUAGUCUCCGGGAAGUCGAAAAGGCAUUGGGAGUCGCGCCGCCUGAGACCGUCUCCAUCGACCCUGAACGCCCCCUCUACGAAGCCUGCCGACGCAUGCUCGAAUCACGCGCGCGCCGUAUCCCUCUUGUUACCAACGACAGCCAGACUGAUCGGUCCCAUGUGCUUAGUGUUAUUACGCAGUAUCGCAUCCUGAAAUUCGUCGCCGUGAAUGUCAGUGAUACUCAGAAAUUGCGCCGCCCGCUGGGAGAGCUCCUCCUUGGGACAUAUGAAAAUAUUGCGACGGCGUCGAUGGAUACCCCUGUUAUCGACGUGAUUCAUAUCCUGGUUGAGCGCAGUAUAUCCAGUGUGCCGAUCUUGAAUUCUGAGGGUGUUGUGUAUAAUGUUUUCGAGUCUGUCGAUGUCAUUGCCCUGAUUCGGGGUGGUGUUUACGAUGAUCUGGGCUUGACGGUAGGCGAGGUGCUCAAGAAACGUUCGCCGGAAUUCCCGGGUAUCUAUACUUGUUCGCCGAAUGACGGACUGGAUACCAUUUUCGACACUAUCCGCAAGUCUCGCGUCCACCGCUUGGUGGUUGUGGAUGAACACUUCAAGCUCAAGGGAGUCAUCACCUUAAGUGACAUUCUCCACUAUAUUCUCCUUGAGGGAGAAAUUGACGAAGCAUGA